CUGUGACUAAUGCAGGUAGAAAGACACCCUUUGUCAACACAUAUCCUUGUUUUAUCUUAUCUACAAGUUUACCAUAGCAACACACGAUAAGGGUCAGAGUCCGCUUUUAUUUAUGAGGCAGUGAAAUUCAGCAAGUCAUUCUCACUGCGAGGAGAAAUGGCGCAAGCAGGGGUUCAGCAGGAUCAGGAAAGGUUCUCCUGUUCCAUCUGUUGGGAUCUACUGAAGGAUCCGGUGACUACAUCCUGCGGACACAGCUACUGCAUGAGCUGUAUUAAAGGCCACUGGGAUGUAGAGGACCAGAAGGGAAUCCACAGCUGUCCUCAGUGCAGGAAGACUUUCAAUCGCAGACCCGACCUCCAGAAAAACACCCUGUUAGCAGAGUUAGUGGAGGACCUGAAGAAGACUGGACUCCGACAUGCUCCGGCCGACCACUGUUAUGCUGGACCUGGAGAUGUGGCCUGUGAUGUCUGCACUGGGAGGAAGAUGAAAGCUGUCAAGUCCUGUUUAUCCUGUUUGGCCUCCUACUGCCUGAGAGACCUCCAACCUCACUAUGAUGCUCCGCCUUUGAAGAAGCAUAAACUGAUCCCCCCGACGAAGAGGCUCCAGGAGAACCUCUGCAGUCGUCAUGACGAGGUGAUGAAGAUCUUCUGUCGUACUGAUCAGCAGUCCAUCUGUUACCUCUGCACUAUGGAUGAACAUAAAGGCCAUGAAACAGUGCCAGCUGCAGCAGAAAGGACUGGAAAGCAGAAGGAGCUCCAGGUGAGGCGACAACAAAUCCAGCAGAGAAUCCAGAACAGAGAGGAAGACAUGAAGCUGCUUCAACAGGAAGUGGAGGUCAUCAAUGUCUCUGCUGAUAAAACAGUGGAGGACAGUGAGAAGAUCUUCACUGAGCUGAUGCGUCUCCUCCAGAAAAGAAGCUCUGAGGUGAAGCAGCGGAUCAGAUCCCAGCAGGAAACUGAAGUGAAUCGAGUCAAAGAUGUUCAGGAGAAGCUGGAGCAGGAGAUCACUGAGCUGAAGAGGAAAGACGCUGAGCUGGAGCAGCUCUCACACACAGAGGAUCACAACCAGUUUCUCCUCAACUACCCCUCACUGCCAGAACUCAGUGAGUCUACACGUUCAUCCAGCAUCGACAUCCGUCCUCUGAGACACUUUGAGGACGUGACAGCAGCUAUGUCAGAACUCAGAGAGAAGCUACAGGACGUCCUGAGGGACAUGUGGACGAAUGUCCCACUGACAGUCCCCCUGGUGGAUGUUCUCCUGUCAGAACCAGAACCUAAGACCAGGAAUGACUUCUUGAAAUAUUCAAAAAGAAUCACUCUGGACCCAAACACAGCAAACAACUUUCUGUUGUUAUCCGAGGGAAACAAGAAAGUGACUCUAGUGGAGGAAGACCAGUUUUAUUUUGAUCAUCCAGACAGAUUCACCAACUGCACUCAGAUCCUCAGCAGAGAGAGUCUGACUGGGCGCUGUUACUGGGAGGUGGAGUGGAGCGGGACAGAAGUCGAUUUAGCAGUUUCAUACAAGAGCAUCAGCAGGUCGGAAGGUGACUGCGAUUUUCGAAACACUGACAAAUCUUGGACAUUAUAUUGUCACAAGCAAAAUUACAUAUUUUUUCACAACAGAGUAGAAACUCGAAUGUCAGUUCCGGUUUCGUCCAGAGUAGGAGUGUACGUGGAUCACAGAGCCGGUGUUCUGUCUUUCUACCGCGUCUCUGGAACCAUGACUCUCCUCCACAGAGUCCAGACCUGCUUCACUCAGCCGCUGCAUGCUGGAGUUGGGUUUUAUAGUUAUGGAGACUCUGUUACGUUUAUUGAAGUGUAACAGACAGAAGUGAUCAGAGCUCCAGCUGGUUACAAUGUGUUUAUUAUUAUUAUUAUUAUUAUUAUUAUUAUCAUAAUAAUAAUGAUAAUAAUAAUAAUAAAAAUACUUUGUUGAUCCCCUAAUCUCUAGUCUCCAUCAUUGUUGCUAAGCGCUCACUGUUUGAUCAUUUCCUCUCUGCUCAGAGAUCAGUUGUCUUCAGGGAGCUACUUUGUCUUCUUCUGUUUUGUUGAUGUUGGGUUUAGUUUGAGUCAAAGUUAAGUCAGACAUUGAGGUUUGUUUCAGUGUGAACAAGAAUGAAAUUUCAGUUGAUGUUUUGUUUCGUUUUAUUUUUUAUUUUUUUAUUAGUUUAAGUACGUAUUAAAGUUUGCAUGUUGUUUCUUAUUGUUUGUUUCCCUAUAGCCGACUUAACAGUAAUUUUAGCCUUUUUGGUAUUAUAUUCAUGUGAUGCUGAUUUUUGCUUUAUUGACUUUAGCCGUUUUUGCUACAUUGUGGAGGCUGUCCCUUCAGCAAAGCAUUUAUUUGUCUCUUCUUGACCAUUGAUAAUGCUGUACGAAUAAAAUAUUUAGUGGUUGUGAAAUGUCUAACUAAGAGUUAAGUGAAAUUCACAAUAACAUUUCCUUGUGGGAACAGAGCAGUUCACUGCAGGAGUUCUUACUCAGUAAUCAGGCCUGAGUGCAGUGAGUGAAACUCAACAUAACUUUCUAGAAAAUAUGAUUUAUGACAUGAUUAAACUAGGGAAGGUGUAUGGGAGAAUUGGUGGUUACUUUUUCACGCAGGGCCAAGUGGGAUCAGAUGUA